UGGCCUCCGAGACAGCUGCCGAGGGUGGGGGCGUGCCCUGGAAUUCGGGGACUUAGAGCCAACCCGCCAGAGGCGGCCGAGGGUUGGGAAGAAGGGGCCUGGGCGUGCUAGCCAAUCGCCAGACGGACUCCCGCCUCGGGCGGAGGAAUCCUAGGCGGUGAGGCGGCUGGAAGCGGAGCCCAUGUGCUUCUUUGUUUACUAAGAACGGAAGCAGUGGCGGGAGUGGGGGUGGGGUAGGGUACUGUCCUGGUGACGGAGGUCCGGGCGAGAGCACAGCUUUGGAGAACCCCAAGAAAAGGAGGAGUUAUACAGGUGGAAGGAGAGCCGAGGACCUUGAGACCUAAGGGUGUUGUGAGAUUCGGGAGGCCGUUGGAGAAGGGUGCUGAGAUUCAUGACUUAAGGCUGAGACUGGAAUUCCCCCAGGGAAAGGUGUUGGAAAAGGUUAAGAAGUUUCUACAAGAGUUUUACCAGGAUGAUGAAUUUGGAAAGAAGCAGUUCAAGUAUGAGAGUCAGUUGGUUCGUCUGGCUCAUCGUGAACAAGUGGCAAUGUAUGUGGACCUGGAUGACGUAGCUGAGGAUGACCCUGAGUUGGUAGACUCAAUUUGUGAGAAUGCCAAGCGCUAUGCCAAGCUCUUUGCUGAUGCUAUACAAGAGCGCCUGCCUCAGUACAAGGAGAGGGAGGUGGUAAAUAAAGACGUUUUGGAUGUUUAUAUUGAGCACCGGCUGAUGAUGGAACAGCGGAGCCGGGACCCUGGGGCAACCCGAAGCCCCCAGAACCAGUACCCUCCUGAGCUCAUGCGAAGAUUUGAGCUGUAUUUUCAAGGUCCAAGCAGCAACAAGCCUCGUGUGAUCCGGGAAGUACGGGCUGACUCUGUGGGAAAGUUGGUAACUGUGCGUGGAAUCGUCACUCGUGUCUCUGAAGUCAAACCCAGGAUGGUGGUGGCUACUUACACUUGUGACCAGUGUGGGGCAGAGACCUACCAACCGGUCCAGGCUCCCACUUUCAUGCCUCUGAUCAUGUGCCCAAGCCAGGAGUGCCAAACUAACCGCUCAGGAGGGCGGUUGUAUCUGCAGACACGUGGCUCCAAGUUUAUCAAAUUCCAGGAGAUGAAGAUGCAAGAACAUAGUGACCAAGUGCCCGUGGGAAACAUCCCUCGCAGUAUCACGGUGAUGGUAGAAGGAGAGAACACAAGGAUUGCCCAGCCUGGGGACCAUGUCAGUGUCACUGGUAUCUUCUUGCCAGUUCUGCGCACAGGGUUCCGACAGGUAGUCCAGGGCUUACUCUCAGAAACUUACCUGGAAGCCCACCGAAUUGUGAAGAUGAAUAAGAGUGAGGAUGAUGAGGCUGGGGCUGGAGAGCUGAGCAGGGAGGAGCUGAGGCAAAUUGCAGAGGAGGAUUUCUAUGAAAAGUUGGCCACUUCUAUUGCCCCAGAGAUAUAUGGGCAUGAAGAUGUGAAGAAGGCACUAUUGCUGCUGCUGGUGGGCGGUGUGGACCAGUCUCCUCGUGGCAUGAAAAUCAGGGGCAACAUCAAUAUCUGCCUGAUGGGGGAUCCUGGUGUGGCCAAGUCUCAGCUGCUAUCUUAUAUUGAUCGCCUGGCACCCCGCAGCCAGUAUACAACCGGCCGGGGCUCCUCUGGAGUAGGGCUCACAGCAGCUGUUCUGAGAGACUCUGUGAGUGGAGAGCUGACCUUAGAGGGUGGGGCUCUGGUGCUGGCUGACCAGGGUGUGUGCUGCAUCGAUGAGUUUGACAAGAUGGCAGAGGCUGACCGAACAGCCAUCCACGAGGUCAUGGAGCAGCAGACCAUCUCCAUUGCCAAGGCUGGCAUUCUCACCACACUCAAUGCCCGCUGUUCCAUCCUGGCUGCUGCCAAUCCUGCCUAUGGGCGCUACAACCCCCGCCGCAGCCUGGAGCAGAACAUACAGCUUCCUGCUGCACUGCUUUCUCGAUUUGACCUUCUCUGGCUGAUUCAGGAUCGGCCUGACCGAGACAAUGACCUCCGGUUGGCCCAGCACAUCACCUAUGUGCACCAGCACAGCCGGCAGCCCCCUGCCAAGUUUGAACCUUUGGACAUGAAGCUUAUGAGACGGUACAUAGCUAUGUGCCGAGAGAAGCAACCCACGGUACCUGAGUCUCUGGCUGACUAUAUCACAGCAGCAUAUGUGGAGAUGAGGCGAGAGGCUUGGGCCAGUAAGGAUGCCACCUACACCUCUGCCCGGACCCUGCUGGCUAUUCUCCGGCUCUCCACUGCUCUGGCACGCCUGCGAAUGGUGGACACAGUGGAGAAGGAAGACGUAAAUGAAGCCAUAAGACUAAUGGAGAUGUCAAAGGACUCACUUCUAGGCGACAAAGGGCAAACAGCUAGGACCCAGAGACCAGCAGAUGUGAUAUUUGCCACUGUCCGUGAACUGGUCUCAGGGGGCCGAAGUGUCCGGUUUUCUGAGGCAGAGCAGCGCUGCAUAUCACGUGGCUUCACACCUGCCCAGUUCCAGGCGGCUCUAGAUGAAUACGAGGAGUUAAAUGUCUGGCAGGUCAAUGCUUCCCGAACACGGAUCACCUUUGUCUGAUUACAUCCUGCUUGAGACCCUAGGGCCCACCUGGGAUCACAUGCUAACCUGCCCCUUCUGAGGGUGUGAUGCGCUGAAGGGGACAGAGAUUCCCUUUUUCCCAUGUUGGACUUUUUAUUCCUUUUGCUAAUAAAGAAUGUUGAAUGCCAUCUUCCAAACUA